AGUUUCUCCAGUGCUUUAGCUAAAAACAUUGUUGCCGUUAUGGUGUGGCUGGCCCUCAGCGUCAUCAACAGCAGCAUGGUGUACACCUUUCUACAACACAGUGUCUUUUAUGAGAACUCCCGGUACAUCAUGUUCAUCUGCAUGGUGGUCAAUGAUGCUCUGCAGCUUACGUUGGUAACAACUCUCUAUGUGGUCAGCUAUGUCUUCAGGAAGAUCCACGUCUCCAUUUGUUGUCUUCUGAUAAUGACAGCAGUCUUCACCACACGCUCCACCCCUCUCAUUUUGGCCGGGAUGGCAGUAGAGCGCUUCAUCGCCAUCUGCUUGCCGCUACACUACAGCCACAUCUGCACAGUGCCCCGCACCAUUUUCCUCAUCGGUGUCAUUCUCAUCCUCACUGCCACCCCUCCGAUCACUGACCUCCUCAUCACCAUGAUCAAGGAGCCUCCAAAGUUCUUCUACAGGGCCAUAUUUUGUGACCACUCCUUUCUCUUCUCUGAUCCUUCCAUCUAUUACAAAAACUGUGUGUUUGAUGGGGUGUACCUCUCCUUCGUGGCGCUCACGCUGCUCUACACCUACUGUAAGAUCAUGCUGACAGCACAGGCUGCCUCCACCAGCCUGGUGUCAGUGAGGAGAGCCAGGAACACUGUGCUGCUUCAUGGAGUGCAGCUGCUGUUGUGCAUGUUGGCCUUCGUGGUUCCCUCCCUCCAGGCUGCUCUGAUUUCCCUGUUCCCCCAGCUCAUCCUGGAGAUCCGCUACAUCUUUUUCUUGCUCGUCUACAUCAUCCCUCGCUUCAUGAGUCCAGUUAUCUAUGGGUUCCGGGACGAGCUCUUCAGGAAGUACUGGACCCGGUAUCUGUCCUGGCCCAGGUAA